AUGAGCGGCGGCGGCGGCGGCGACAGGCCCGGCUCGGGCGCCGGCGGGACGAUGAAGACGCCGUCGGACUUCCUCAAGUCCAUCAGGGGCCGCCCCGUCGUUGUCAAGCUCAACUCCGGCGUCGACUACCGAGGUAUUCUGGCUUGUCUUGAUGGAUACAUGAACAUUGCGAUGGAGCAAACUGAAGAAUACAUCAAUGGUCAGCUAAAGAAUAAAUACGGUGAUGCCUUCAUAAGAGGAAAUAAUGGUACGUACAAUACGAUAAGGAUAUUCUGA